GUACGCUGUAAUUGUUAGGAAACUAGAGACAAUGCUUCACAGCAUUCAAAUUCUGUAAGAACAAGCAACAAAACAUCAAUAUUCAACACCACUUCGAGGAGACGGUCAACUCGCCGAGUCGAGCCGAAUUCCAAAGAAAAAAAUGAAUAGAUUGCGACAAUUCUCGUUGCUUCUUUGGAAAGAUUGGGUUCUACUAAGAAGAAAUAAAGUGUGGACACUAUUUGAAUUAAUUAUUCCAUGUUUGCUGCUCGGCCCACUGGUUUAUCUUGUGGUCAAAAAUGCCGAUCAUACAUCAUCACCUGAAAAUAUAUACGAUAAUUUUCAAGUCAAGGGAACUGUGGAAGAUGUAUUUUUGGAGUCAAACUUUAUAAAACCAAUUUAUAAACGAUGGUGUCUACGAAGUGAUGUAGUAGUUGGAUACACCUCAAAAGAUGCUGCAGCAAAACGUACAGUGGACGAUUUAAUGAAAAAGUUUGCUGAAAGAUUUCAAAGUGCCAAACUGAAACUAUCGGUGAAGAACGAAUCAAGUGAAGAACAACUGCUGACUGUUUUGAGAAAUGAUCUACCGAUGCUUAAUGAGACUUUUUGCGCCAUCAAUUCAUAUGCUGCUGGAGUCGUUUUCGAUGAGGUUGAUGUCACAAACAAAAAGUUAAAUUAUCGAAUUCUACUCGGAAAAACCCCAGAAGAAACAUGGCAUUUGACAGAAACGAGUUACAAUCCGUAUGGACCAAGUUCCGGAAGAUACAGUAGAAUUCCAUCGAGCCCUCCCUACUGGACAUCUGCAUUUUUAACAUUCCAACAUGCUAUUGAAUCUUCAUUCCUCUCUUCUGUGCAAUCUGGAGCCCCAGAUCUGCCAAUUACAUUGAGAGGUCUCCCGGAGCCUAGAUACAAAACCAGUUCAGUCUCGGCAUUCAUCGACUUCUUUCCAUUUAUUUGGGCGUUUGUUACAUUUAUCAAUGUAAUUCAUAUUACAAGAGAAAUUGCUGCAGAAAACCAUGCAGUUAAGCCAUAUCUCACAGCCAUGGGUCUAUCGACUUUCAUGUUUUAUGCUGCACAUGUCGUUAUGGCUUUUCUUAAAUUCUUCGUUAUAUUCUUAUGCUCCAUUAUUCCACUCACAUUUGUGAUGGAAUUCGUGAGUCCUGCUGCUUUAAUUGUAACAGUUUUGAUGUACGGACUCGGUGCAGUUAUAUUCGGAGCAUUUGUUGCUUCAUUCUUCAAUAAUACCAACUCGGCUAUCAAAGCAAUCUUGGUAGCAUGGGGUGCAAUGAUUGGAAUAUCUUAUAAACUUCGGCCAGAAUUAGAUCAAAUCUCAUCUUGUUUUCUAUACGGACUCAAUAUUAAUGGAGCAUUUGCAUUGGCAGUUGAAGCAAUAUCGGAUUAUAUGAGAAGAGAACGAGAAUUAAAUCUUACAAAUAUGUUUAACGAUUCGUCUCUUCAUUUUUCACUUGGAUGGGCGCUGGUUAUGAUGAUUGUCGAUAUUUUGUGGAUGUCCAUUGGUGCUUUGGUCGUUGAUCACAUUAGAACAUCAGCUGAUUUCAGUCUACGUACUUUGUUCGAUUUUGAAGCUCCAGAAGAUGAUGAGAAUCAAACCGACGGAGUAACUGCACAGAACACAAGAAUCAACGAACAGAUGAAUCCGAUGGCAUCGACAUCGUUGAACCCUCCAAAUGCGGAUUCCGAUUCUCUUCUCGAAGGAUCAACAGAAGCUGAUGGAGCACGCGACACGGCGAGAGCAGAUAUAAUUGUGAGAAAUCUAGUCAAGAUUUGGUCAACAACCGGAGAACGAGCCGUUGAUGGAUUGUCAUUGAGAGCUGUACGAGGUCAAUGUUCAAUUCUACUCGGACAUAAUGGAGCUGGUAAAAGUACAACCUUCUCGAGUAUCGCCGGAAUCAUCAGACCAACGAAUGGAAGGAUCACAAUUUGUGGUUAUGAUGUUGGAAAUGAGCCAGGAGAAACUAGGCGUCAUAUCGGAAUGUGUCCUCAAUAUAAUCCCCUUUAUGAUCAACUUACAGUUUCGGAACAUCUUAAAUUGGUGUAUGGAUUGAAAGGAGCAAGAGAAAAAGAUUUUAAACAAGACAUGAAGCGACUUUUGUCCGAUGUGAAGCUAGAUUUUAAAGAAAAUGAGAAGGCAGUAAACUUGUCUGGAGGAAUGAAAAGAAAGCUUUGCGUGUGUAUGGCUUUGAUUGGAGAUUCAGAAGUUGUACUUCUUGAUGAGCCGACAGCUGGAAUGGAUCCUGGAGCAAGACAAGAUGUUCAGAAAUUAGUUGAAAGAGAGAAAGCCAACAGAACCAUUCUCUUGACCACUCACUAUAUGGAUGAAGCAGAACGACUUGGCGACUGGGUAUUCAUUAUGUCCCAUGGAAAACUUGUGGCGUCUGGAACGAAUCAAUAUCUUAAGCAAAAGUUUGGAACUGGAUACCUACUGACUGUGGUUUUGGAUCAUAACGGAGACAAGAGAAAAAUGGCCGUCAUACUGACAGAUGUAUGCACUCAUUACGUAAAAGAAGCUGAAAGAGGAGAAAUGCAUGGACAACAAAUUGAAAUUAUUCUUCCAGAAGCACGGAAAAAGGAAUUUGUACCUUUGUUCCAAGCGUUAGAGGCCAUUCAAGAUAGAAAUUACCGGAGCAACGUUUUCGACAAUAUGCCAAAUACUCUAAAAUCCCAAUUGGCCACUCUUGAAAUGCGAAGUUUUGGAUUAUCACUCAACACUCUGGAACAAGUAUUCAUUACAAUUGGAGACAAAGUUGAUAAAGCAAUUGCAAGUCGACAGAAUAGUCGAAUCAGUCAUAAUUCAAGAAAUGCUAGUGAACCAUCAUUAAAACCAGCCGGAUAUGAUACUCAGUCAAGCACGAAAAGUGCGGAUAGUUAUCAAAAGUUAAUGGAUAGUCAGGCGAGAGGACCAGAGAAGAGUGGUGUCGCUAAAAUGGUGGCUCAGUUUAUUUCAAUUAUGAGAAAGAAGUUCCUAUACUCUCGAAGAAAUUGGGCACAAUUAUUCACACAGGUGUUGAUUCCAAUCAUUCUUCUCGGUUUGGUUGGAUCCUUGACAACGCUAAAAUCAAAUAAUACUGAUCAAUUUUCAGUCCGAAGUCUUACGCCAAGUGGAAUUGAACCAUCGAAAGUUGUGUGGAGAUUUGAAAACGGCACCAUCCCAGAGGAAGCUGCUAAUUUUGAGAAAAUCCUGAGAAAAUCGGGAGGAUUUGAAGUAUUAAAUUAUAAUACAAAAAAUCCUUUGCCGAAUAUUACAAAAAGUCUCAUUGGAGAAAUGCCACCAGCCACAAUUGGAAUGACUAUGAACUCUGAUAAUUUGGAAGCUUUAUUCAAUAUGCGAUACUAUCAUGUUCUACCGACACUUAUCAGCAUGAUUAAUAGAGCUCGUCUAACCGGUACUGUAGAUGCUGAAAUUAGCAGUGGAGUGUUCCUCUAUAGCAAGUCAACAUCGAAUUCUAAUCUUCUUCCUAGCCAACUUAUUGACGUUUUGCUCGCUCCGAUGCUUAUUCUGAUAUUUGCAAUGGUUACAUCCACAUUCGUUAUGUUCCUAAUCGAAGAACGAACCUGCCAAUUUGCCCACCAACAAUUUCUCACAGGAAUCUCUCCAAUCACUUUCUACUCGGCUUCUCUCAUUUAUGAUGGAAUUCUCUACUCUCUGAUUUGUUUGAUCUUCUUGUUCAUGUUCUUGGCUUUCCACUGGAUGUACGAUCAUUUAGCAAUAGUGAUCCUUUUCUGGUUCCUGUACUUCUUCUCAUCAGUUCCCUUCAUCUACGCAGUCUCCUUCCUCUUCCAAUCUCCAUCGAAAGCAAAUGUAUUGCUCAUUAUCUGGCAAGUAGUUAUCUCCGGAGCCGCUCUUCUUGCUGUUUUCCUUAUCUUUAUGAUCUUCAAUAUCGACGAGUGGUUGAAGUCAAUAUUAGUGAAUAUCUUCAUGUUCCUUCUUCCUUCAUAUGCAUUUGGAUCAGCAAUAAUAACCAUAAACACGUACGGAAUGAUCCUUCCAUCUGAAGAACUUAUGAAUUGGGAUCAUUGUGGAAAGAAUGCAUGGUUGAUGGGAACAUUUGGAGUUUGCUCAUUUGCUCUUUUUGUUCUUCUCCAAUUCAAGUUUGUUAGAAGAUUUCUUUCACAAGUUUGGACUGUGCGUCGAUCUUCUCAUAAUAAUGUACAGCCGAUGAUGGGUGAUCUUCCUGUUUGUGAAAGUGUAUCAGAAGAAAGAGAACGAGUUCAUCGAGUUAAUUCUCAAAAUUCCGCGCUUGUUAUUAAGGAUUUGACGAAAACUUUUGGAAGAUUUACAGCUGUUAAUGAAUUAUGUCUCGCAGUUGAUCAAAAAGAAUGUUUUGGACUUCUCGGGGUUAAUGGAGCUGGAAAAACUACAACAUUCAAUAUUUUAACCGGUCAAUCGUUCGCAUCAAGUGGAGAGGCAAUGAUUGGAGGACGUGAUGUUACUGAACUCAUUUCAAUUGGAUACUGUCCUCAAUUCGAUGCUCUUAUGCUGGAUUUAACUGGAAGAGAAUCACUAGAGAUUCUAGCUCAAAUGCAUGGAUUUGAAAAUUACAAGGCAAAAGCGGAACUUAUUUUGGAAUGUGUUGGAAUGAUUGCACAUGCUGAUAAGCUCGUUAGAUUCUACAGUGGUGGACAGAAGAGAAAAAUAUCAGUUGGAGUUGCACUUCUCGCCCCGACACAGAUGAUUAUUCUAGAUGAACCAACUGCUGGAAUUGAUCCAAAAGCUAGAAGAGAAGUAUGGGAAUUGCUUUUAUGGUGUAGAGAGCAUUCAAAUAGUGCAUUGAUGUUAACAUCUCAUUCAAUGGAUGAAUGUGAAGCAUUGUGCUCACGAAUUGCCGUGCUUAAUCGAGGAUCAUUGAUUGCAAUUGGAUCCAGUCAAGAGCUUAAAUCAUUAUACGGAAAUAAUUAUACAAUGACAUUGAGUCUUUAUGAACCAAAUCAACGAGAUAUGGUUGUUCAAUUGGUUCAAACAAGAUUACCGAAUUCUGUUCUUAAAACUACAUCAACGAACAAAACAUUAAAUUUGAAGUGGCAGAUUCCGAAAGAAAAGGAAGAUUGUUGGUCGGCCAAAUUCGAAAUGGUACAGGCACUGGCUAAAGAUUUAGGAGUCAAAGACUUCAUAUUAGCUCAGUCCUCCCUUGAAGAAACAUUCCUUCGACUUGCCGGUCUCGACGAAGAUCAACUUGACACACAUUCAACUGUAGAGAUUUCCCAUUCCACACAUGUCUGAAACAUGCAUAAUACCUCGGCUCUCACACACAAAAUUGAAACAAUUUGACUGUAUAUUCUCGAAUUUUUGUAGUUUUUGAAACUUCUCUUUCCCAAACCCGAUGAUUAUUUAUUUUCUUAUUUUUCAAAUCUGCUUUGGUAUCAUUUUGAACUUUCCCAAAAAUCCUUUAAUAACUUGGUGCAAUAAUCGAGUAAUAUUCCAAAUUUGUGUUGCCGAAUAAACGGGUGAGUGGUAACUUAUUCAUUCAUCAUUAUUUCGAAAAUUACACAAUAAAAUAAACGGUUUUUUUUUCAUUUUU